AUGAUCUGUUAUGGCGAAACUGAAAAGAAAGGGGGAUUGGCCAAGCCUUGCUGGGUUUUGAGGAACUUUAAGAGUCUCAUUGAUGAUUGCCAAUUAUCGGACAUUGGGUUUGACGGUUACCCUUUCACAUGGUGUAAUCAACAUGAUGGCGAGGCUAAUGUGCAGGAACGUCUGGACAGAGCUCUGGCAACCGAGACUGGCGCUCUGCUUUUCCCUCUGCGCGUGGUCAGAAAAGUUAAAAGGUUGCAAGAAAGAAUUGAUAAUUUGGGCUCGGUCUCAGCAGCAAAAUGCGAGCAAGAAUACUUGGAAGCUGAAAGUAAUGUUCAACGUCUCAAAGAGUCAUCAUCUGAUUAUAAUCCUGACCAAAUUCGAGAAAUACAGAAGCAGCUUCACACACUACGGAGGGAGGAAGAGAUAUAUUGGUAUCAAAAGUCCAGAGUGCAGUGGCUGAGGCAUGGGGACAAAAAUUCUAAAUUUUUCCAUGCUUCAACCAUUAGAAGGAGGAGAAACCAUAUUUCAAGUAUUGAAAAUCCUACUGGGCAGUGGAAUCAGUGGAUUGAAGAGGAGCAUGCAAUUCAAGCUACAUUCUUGUACCACUUUUUGUUUCAGUCUCAAUCUCCAUCUGGUAUUGAGUAG